AUGCUUCCAGGCCAUCCUGUCACUGCUUCCGGACAUCGCGGAGGUUCUCGCCAACCACGAGUUACCCUCGUCAGGGAUCACCAAUCUUGCAUUCCUCUUACGAGGAUUCUCGGUGACGGUGAUAUCGUCGUGCUACUCACGCCCGUCGUUGCACCUUCUCACCCGAAAGCUGCUGAUGGCAGCGACCCGUUCGAGCCGUUAGGCAGAGCGCUGGCCGCAAAACACCCCUGGAUCCGCCAUGUUCCAUAUACCGCACGAAACGGUAUGACGAGCACACAUGUCAGCUUCAUAAAGAGGGCCAAGACGGCGAUCUUCGUCAUAUCAGGUCCACCGGCCGCGGGGCAGUCGUCACAAGUCGAGAUCGCUCAUAAAGCGCGGAUGGCUGGUGAUCAGCGCCCCCAGAUUGUCGUAGCAUGCAGAGACAUACAAGACCUGGGUCUCGUGGAGGCUGAUUUUUCUACCGUGGUCCAGUUGCCCGGGUACUCACCGGCAGAUUUACAGGCUGCAGCUGCUCUGUUACUCGGCGAAGCUGAACCGGCCGGCACGAGUGGGAUGAAUAUGCGCGAACUCAUCAUGGCGCCCAAGUUCUGGCCGCCGGAGAACUGGGACGGCCUCGAUGUCACUCCUAUACAAGGUCUCUGGAAUCAAUGUCUCCCGGAACAGUUUCGUCUUGACAAGUUCCCACUGCAGUCUAUUCUGCAACGAGAUGGUUAUGCGAUGCAUUUCGUGGUUAGGCUCCCCGAGACCCGUGAGAUGGUAGGAUUUUGUGCCACAUAUACUACGUUUGUUGAUAAGGCUGGCGAGCGGUUGAUAGGAUCCCUCGCAUUGAUUAUUGUCAAACCUUCUUACCGGAGGAGAGGGAUCGGGCUAAGCCUCUAUGAACACGCUCUCAAGCAACUUAAACGAACACGAGGAGUGGACCGCGUUCAGUUGGGCUCUACGUUUCCCCGGCUUCUAAGCGGCAUCCCGGCUGGCUUCGCCUCGGAAGAGUGGUUCAAGAGGCGUGGCUGGCAGAUGGAUCGACAGGCUCCUGGCCACGGGCAAGACAUCUGCGACUGGUUAUUGAGCAUUGACGAUUGGCCGAGUGGUGGGUUUUCGACGGUCGCUGGAGGGUUGCUUUUUCGCCAGGGCACAUUUGAUGAUUUCGACUCGAUUUCGAGGUUCAUCGAAAAGGAGACUACCCGCAAGGACCACACGGGCUGGUAUGACCAGUACAUGAACCUUGCACAGGACGGUCGACUCAAUGAUAUUGUUUUGGGACUCGAACACUCGGAUAUUGUCGCUGCCGCUCUGGUCUACACGCCACACGAAGGCAGCUCAUUAGCGUUAGACCUGCCAUGGUCACGGAGUAUUGGCCCUGACGUGGGAGGUGUGACAUGUAUCUGUAUUUCAGGUCAGUUCGCUCAUAAAUGCACAAUUCGUUGA